CGUGGGGCGGGCCCUUCCGUCUGCCGUGCGUGUCCCGGCGGUGAGACCCGCUGAGACCUCGGCCGUCCCCGCCGGCGCCCCGGGCCUCCCCUGCGCCGGCCUCACUGACUUCCCGGGAGCGUACAGCGCUUCUCUGUAGCUGCUUCUUACGGCGUUGUUCUCUGUGGUAAAGUUACUUCAGCGCGUUAACCGUUCAACGCAGCAACGCUCCCUGCCCCCUGUGCCUUCAGCUGGGAGAAUACUGCCUUCCGCCGAGAGCCGUGCGACCCUGAGAAGGUGUCGGCUCCUGGUUUUAAGAGCCCUGAGAAAGGGGGUUCAGAUAGAAGGCCGGCCGGUUGGUAAGCAGCUGGGUGGCCAUCUCCGGUCCAAGUAGGCCCUUCUGCUUGCUAAAGGAAAGGAUACUUGGGAGGUAAACCUGCUCAUUUAUUCUGAAGGCUUUCAUUGACUUUGGAUGGAUUUGGAAGUUAAAGGGGUUGCUGCAUCCCCUCGAAGGCAGGCUCAGCUGUCAACGAGGGGGAAGAAACAUCAGGGCUGGAGACCAGAUACACGGGCUACUCGUGGUCCUCGCCCACCAGAGGUGCCAUGCCUGGAUCUAGGGAGGCUGGGAGAUUCUGAUGAAGAGGAUGGGGACUCUUACAUACCAUACAGUGGAAGUUAUCCUCAUGCAUGCCCUCAAGAUUCAUCUUCAGAUUGGAGAAAAUCAUUACAAAAGCCAUAUGCACAGCAUCAUCAGGCUCAACAGCAUUCUGUUUUGGAGCAGAAGACAAUACCAGAAAAUCUGCCAUCCCCAACAGACAGAUAUAAGCUGAAGUAUCGGCAGUAUGAAGCAGAUAUGAAGGAAGAACAUAAGCAGUAUUCUCAGAGAAUUGCAGAAAAGAAAAAUUACCUCCUUCAGUGUCCAGAAGCUUCAAUAAAGCUAAGAUGCAAACAAGGGAAGAUCAGUGGAGAGAAACUGGAAAACAGAGGGAUGAAAAAACCCCAACUUUCUUCUUGUUCUGGAAGAAAUAGUGGGGAAGGGUGGUUGCAGAGAGCAAGGUACAUCAUUGGUACACAGCUUGAAGAUGGACAUGAUGAUCUUACAGCUCUUGAUGAGAAGGCUCUCCUGCAACAGUGCUAUACAAGCAAGCCCUAUAAUAUGCAGCACAGUAUAAGGAAAUCAGAAGCUGAGGAUGUUGCUGCAGAGAGGAGAAAACAGGCUGUGGUAGAACAAGUGAUGGUGGAUCAGUUAUCUAGAGCUGUUAUAAGUGAUCCAGAGCAGUCUAUGCCUGCUGAUGUUUACAAGGAAGCUCGAGGACUUCUUCAACUUGGGACGGCACCGAUGCGUCUUAGAAAAAGAACGCUGCAUGAAACAAAAAUACGGACCAAAUCAGGAUUAACUGAAAACAUGCUCUCUAACAAGUUACGCUUUGAUAGUAGGAUUAUAUCAAGAAAUGGUCGCAAUGCUUGUAGAGAGUUGAUUGGAUUUUUUUUUGCAUGUGACAGAUCCCUGACUGUGUAUGAAUUUCGGCAAUUUGGAAAAAAUAGUUUUGAAUUAUUUCACAGAACAAAUGCCUUGCCUUUCAUUCAGAAGGGAGUUUAUCAACAUCAGCGUGGACAAAAGAAGGAAAAAGCUUAUGAUCUUAGUGACUUCUAUAUUGGAGCUAACCUAACUUUCCAAAGUGCUGAUCAUAACCUUCCAGAAAGCGUUAAGCAGAACCCAGUUCUCACCCUUCGUGUGAUCAGUAUUGAUGAAACAGCUAUGGAUUCUCUAAAAGCUUCUAUGGAAUUCAAGCAAGAGUGUUCUCAGCAAGUGGUUGAUGACAGCAAAGUUUUCAAGAAGAUUCAAGGUAUGCUCAGAGAGACACUAAGUAAAAGAGGGGUUCGGGUUAUAACAGGCAUUGGAAAGUAUUUCCGACAAGUAGACAAGAACAGAAAUGGUUUUCUCUCUCAGGCAGCCUUUAAAGAAGCUCUAAAACUAUUCCAUUUGGAAAUUCCUGAAGGGGACUUUAAAUCCCUAUGGCUUAUUCUUGAUGAUAGCAGGAGUGAUAAGGUCGACUAUGGAGAAUUUACUCGUGCCAUAUUUGGAGAAAUGAACGAAUACAGAAAAGCUUUUGUAAGAAAAGCUUAUAUGAAACUAGAUUUCAACAAAACUGGGAGUGUGCCUAUGGUAGAUAUCAGAAAAUGUUACUGUGCAAAGAAGCAUCCUCUAGUAUUGGCAGGCAAAGCUACAGAAGAAGAAAUUAAAUCAUCAUUUCUAGAAACAUUACGGGAGUCCUGCAGCAACCCCAAUGAAGUGUCCUAUUCUGAGUUUGAAGAUUACUAUGAAGGAUUAAGCAUUGGAAUCAUGGAUGAUGAUGAUUUUGUUAAUAUCUUAAGGAACCCUUGGGGAAUUUAGAGUGGGAGAUGACAAAAAUGAAGAAGAGACAUUUUCUAAAUAAAGAGUGAGCUAAAUAAGGGAGGAUUUAGUCUUGAUGUGCAUUUCUUCAUAAUUAGUGUCUUAAACUGAUUUCAGGCUCUGAAAAUUUUAGCUGCUUGCAGAAUCAUAGAUAGCAAGUUUCUUAAAGUGUCCGUUGAGUCAUGCUAACCACUUUUGAAAUUUAUAAAUGCUGUUCAUUCCUUUUCACUGGAAAUAAUGAAGACUGUUUCCCAUACCAAAAGGCAUAAUUUACUUGAUGCUAGAAUGAAGUGGCCUAUUUUAAAAUAAGGAGGAAUUAGAAUACUAAAAUUCAUGAAGGGGUAUAUGUAGGAAAAAAUUUAGUUCCAUGAUGCAUUGUGAAAAUCUUUAGAUUUAACUGUAUAAAUAUCAAUGGUGUUUUUUCUUCAGAGUUUUCUUCUUAUAAAAGUAAUAUGUUUAUUCUUAUAGCAUACCUUGUCUCGUUUCUUGUUUCUCAUGCUGGUACUUAUCUUGAAAGAGAGCAGGCGAUCCUUUUCCAAUUUCGAGGAUGUCUGCAGUACUCAAAGUGCAGAAGUGUUGACACCAUUUAGCCCUUCAGCCUGUAGACCUUCUUGAUCUUAUUUUUUCAUCUUCGUCAGGCAUCUGAAGCUCAGCAUUGAAUCUCAAAGGUUUCAAUGAGCACACAUAUAUUUUGUAAUGCACUUAUUCCUUUCCUGUAUUUUGCUAGUGGUUUUCAAAACAAAUAAUUUAUAUUUAAAUAUCUGGUUUCUUUAUUUUCUAUUGCUGUGUUUUUUGGUUUGGUUUUUUUUUUUUAACUUAGCAGUGAUAUCUGUUGUCAAACUGAUAUAUAGCAUUUCCUGUCUGCUGUGGAAGUAUAGAAAAUGAAAGUGUAAAAACAAAAUCCCAAACCUAACCAAACCAAAACAACCACCUCUGUCACCAAAAUCACCAAUCAAAACAAGAAAAAUAAAAUAAUGAAUUAAAAUAUUCCUUGCUAUGUCAAAUACUCAGCCAGAUACGCUUUUCAAUGUAAUACAUCUCAUUAAUUAUGUAAAAUUCUUUGUGUUAAGAAAUAAAAAAUGUAUUAUUAAUUAUGUAGAGAGAGAUACAGAUAGCCUUUGGUUUCAAUAUGCUGUCACCAAAAUUAACUGUAAAUUGAACUGCAUUUCUUAAGCCUAUGCAAUUAAAAUAUAUUAGUGUCCUCUGUG